AUGGCAACUUCAUUUGCUGCUAAAUCAAUAGUUUUCUUGUUUAUGGUGUUGGUUUUGUACACACCGUGCUUAGCUCAGCUUACUUCUACAUUUUAUGACAACUCGUGUCCGAAUGCGCUUAGUACAAUCCGAACUUCUAUAAGGAGUUCGAUUGCUGCAGAGCGGAGAAUGGCGGCUUCUCUCAUUCGUCUUCAUUUUCACGAUUGCUUCGUUCAGGGAUGCGACGGGUCAGUGUUGCUGGAUGAGACGGCUUCCAUUGAGAGCGAAAAAACUGCGCUGCCAAAUAAGGAUUCUGCGAGAGGCUAUGGAGUUAUUGAGAAAGCUAAAUCUGCUGUUGAGAAGAUUUGCCCCGGAGUUGUUUCGUGUGCUGAUGUUCUUGCUGUCGCAGCAAGGGAUGCUUCUGCUUAUGUGGGAGGUCCGUCAUGGUCAUUAUUGCUCGGAAGAAAAGACUCAACUACAGCAAGCAGGACUCUAGCUAACAGUGAACUUCCUAGUUUCAAAGAUGGCCUUGACAGACUUAUUUCUAGCUUCAAGAAUAAAGGCCUUAGUGCAAGGGACAUGGUUGCUUUGUCAGGAUCACAUACACUUGGCCAAGCGCAAUGCUUUACAUUCCGCGACAGGAUCUAUAGCAACGGCACCAACAUUGACGCUGGAUUUGGCAGCACUCGCCGUCGCGGUUGUCCAGCUGUCGGUAAUGAUGCAAAAUUGGCGGCGCUUGAUUUGGUGACACCCAAUUCGUUCGACAACAAUUACUUCAAGAAUCUGAUACAAAAGAAAGGUCUUCUUGAAUCCGAUCAGGUUCUAUUCAGUGGAGGUUCUACAGAUGCCAUUGUCACCGAAUAUAGCCGAAAUCCCAAGACUUUCAGUUCGGAUUUUGCUACUGCCAUGAUCAAAAUGGGAAAUCUUGUCAAUGGUAAUGCAAGGCAGAUAAGGAAAAUUUGCAGUGUUGUCAACUAGUUCUUCAUUUUGAUUGAUCAACUGCAUAAUGCAAAUCAUUGGCUACUCCUUUUAGCUACACAUUUAUUUCAUUCUUUCUGUUUCAUCAAAUGUAAAC